GUAAGGGCGUAGACUGACCCCAACUAACUCACCGGUUUGAAGAGGAAGAAGCUAGAGGAGCAGUUAGAGAGCAACGGGAUCGAGAGAAACAGUUCGAGUGAAGCUAGCUAGAGGAGGACGGCACGAGCGUCACAGAGGAUGUCUAGUCAGAUUUUUUCACACAAGCAGCAACACUUGAGACUAGUUAGUUAUUAUGUUUUAUGAUUAUCAGUAUAGACUGGAGAUCAAGUUGAGUUUUUAAAGUUUGAGCUUAAUUUGCCCACAUGUUAGGGCUUUGCUUUGAACUACAAGAGUGAGCUUUCAGUGUUUUAUUAUGAAAAUUUUUCUCGCUGCAAUUUAAGAUUUGAGUAUUUUAUUUAUUAAGGGAAUUUUAGUAAAAGUAGUAACCGGCCGGGUUAGGGUGUUUCAUGGUGAACCUCGAGGCAGAGAAGGAGGAGCUGUCGAGGGAGGUGGGCGCCCAAGUCAGCGAGAUAGACCUUCUCAAGGAGGAGAAGGGUAGGCUGCGAGACGGCCAAAGGGAGAAUAAGAAGGUGCCGAAGGCAGCCCGCAAGGAGUUUGCGGCUCUGAAGACUUCCCUCAAAACAUUCGAGGAGUCAGAGGCAGGCAAGAACUUGUUCGCGAACGCCUGCCUACCAAGCCUGAGCAUCUUGAAGAAGAAGCUCGACCAAGAUCAUCCAGACCAGGUCUGGGAUGUGUCGGAGAUGGCCGAGUUUGUGAUCCAGGAUAUGAUGGACGUUGAGGGGGAAGAGAAGGAGCCCAUGACGCCAGCAGCAGAUGCGCCUCCCGCUCUGGAAGACCAGGCGCCUCGCACUCCUGAAGACCAGGCGCCUCCCCAUCUUGAAGAGCAAGCGCCCCAGACCGAGGAUGCUACUUCCGAGGCUGAAUGAUUUUUCAAUGCCCCUUUUGUGUUUUUAA